UUAUUUUCACACAGCUUUUGAAGAAGUACACUCAUACAAUACAUUAUUGGAAUAUAGCAAUCGAUACAAUGUUGAAGCUACUGUGUACAGUAGCUUUACUUCUAGUAACUGUUAAAGCCAACGAUGAAAAGACUAUUCCAUAUGCGUUUUUCGGGUCUAGGACUACAUACAAAGCAGUUACAACAACGAAGAUUGAAAUACCGAAUGGUUUUACGCCACGUCAAAUUAUUAUGAUGGCGAGACAUGGAACGAGAAACCCAAAGAGCGGCUUGUCUCAGGAUUUGCUACCAAAACUGAUAAAAUAUCAAACCGAAAUUACAAAAAGUGCUACAUUGUGUGAAAAAGAUAUCGAAGCCAUAAAAAAUUGGAAAACUAACCUUGACGGUACUCAAAACAGAACUAUAACACAAAAAGGACUCGAUGAAAUGAAACAACUGGCAAUAAGAGUCCGUGAAGCUUUUCCAAAUCUAUUAAAACGGCAGUACAACUCCAAUAUUUAUGAAAUUUUGACCAUGCCAUAUCCUCGGUGUAAACUUUCGGCUCAAACAUUUAUCCAAAACAUUUUUAAUGAUGAAACUAUCACCGAACUUCCUAUAUGUGACUAUACAGAUAUCCUUUUAAUGAUAGACGGUAUGAUGGAAGCCGAUACGAAAUUCAAAGAGUACCAAAAAUAUUUUCUGGAACAAGCAAAAAAAUUCCAGGAGGGCCCUGACAUGGCUGGUGUCGUGCAAAGGGUUGCGGCCAAAUUGGGCAUAGAUUCUAAAGAACUUAACCCUGAGAUCAUAACCACCAUGUACGAGGUGAGUGCCUACGAAUAUGCUAUUGAUGAAAAUAGGAUUCCGCCUUGGUACAGUGUAUUCUCCCUAGAAGACCUCGAAAUUCUGGAGUAUGCCUGGGACAUUUCUUGGUCCUAUGUUAUUGGUUAUGGAAAUCCUCAUAACAAAAAACUAGCCUGUCCGAUGGCCAUACGUCUCGAAGAAAGGCUUAGAAACAAAAUUUAUGGAGAAGGACCUGAUGCUGUAUUCUACUUUGCAUGCGAGAAGAACAUAAUAACUCUGCUCUUCAUUUUCGGCAUAGGUAAAGGUGACGCUCCGUUUACGGCAUCCAACUACAAAGGUAUGAAGCACCUUAACUGGAGAACUUCGUUUUACGGUCCAUGGGCUGCAAAUUUUAUGGCUGUGCUUUUCGAAAAAGCUAAGAAUGACUAUGUAUCAUUUUAUUUCAACGAAAAACCAACUACUAUAACUUUAAAAGACGGUUCGUCGUGUACAGUAUGUCCGUGGCUGGAUAUUCAAGAAACGUUAAUAGCCUUCAUAACCGACAAUGACUGUAUCAAUUUUGUAGCUACUAAUACCGUGAGAAACUAUAAAGAUACAAAUCUAUAUUGGUAUUUUAGCACGAACACCACAUACAAAUUGGUUUCCGCCAAAAAAAUCAUUAUACCGGAUCUUAAACCAAUUCAGAUAUUUACUGUAAACAGUCGUGGUACGGCAUCUUUAACAAGUAAUUUUGCUACUACAGUGUUACCUUUGCUUGAGAGUUUGAAAGAAAAAAUCACCUUUAAUGCGAAAAUGACACAGUUGGAUAUUGAAGCUAUUAAAAAUUGGCCACAGAAUAUUGAAAACAAGCUUAAAAAUACAAAUUUCAUCCAAAAAGGUCAUGAUGAAAUAAAGAAAUUGGCACUGAGAGUUAGAAAAGGAUUCCCGGGUUUAUUCGAACAAUCAGACAACUAUAUGGCAUUGACAAUUGGAGAAGAAAGUUGUAGGGAAACUGGAAUAGUAUUUCUACAAAAUGUUUACGGUAAUAAUAAUAUUACCGACGUUCCCACAUGUAAUGAUGAUGACUUUUUUUUAAUGAUUGAGAAUAUAAAAAAACGAAAACAUGAGGAGGACAUAGAGCUUGAAAGUGGAAAAUUCAAAAAAAGCGAUUUUAUGAAUAAAGUUGUUGAAAGAGUUAAGGUUAAAAUGGGAGCUGACGAUAUAACUAUAGAUGAUGUAAACAUAAUGUUUGGAGCAUGCCGCGACGAAAGGUCAUUGGAUGACGAAUCGAUUCCCCCUUGGUGUAGUGUAUUCCGUCAAGAAGACUUAGAAGUUUUGGAAUAUUUCGAUGAAUUGCAUUUGUACUAUGCUUAUGGAUACGGAAAGCCGUUCAACGUAAAACUCGCAUGUCCAAUGGCUAUAAGACUUCUGCAGACUUUGGAAGAUAAAAUAAAUAAAAAAGAAGGACCCGAUGGUGUAUUUCACUUUGCAAAGAACACUAACAUUUUGAGCUUACACGUCAUGUUGGGUUUGGGCAAAGACGACUGUCCACUCACGUCGUCAAACUUUAUAGAAAUGAAAAAUCGCAAAUGGAGAAGUUCCAUGUUCAGUCCGUGGGCUGCAAAUUUUAUGGCUGUGCUAUUCGAAGGCGCUAAUAAUGAAUAUAAAGUAGCAUUUUAUUUCAACGAAAAUAUUACAAGCAUAACUUUAAGAGACGGUUCGUCUUGUACGGAAUGUCCGUGGUUAGAUAUUCAAAACAAGUUGCAAGCAUACAUAAGCGACAAUGACUGCGUUCAUUUUAUAGCUGAAAAUUAGCCCGCAGACAAUAAUAAAACAGCCCAGCCGUUUCGCUUUUAUCAGUUUCCAUUUAACAUUAAUUUCACAUAUUUAUAUAUUUUUUUUUGAAUUUCUUACUUGUUCACUGCAUAUCCUGUUUUUUUAGCAUUAGGUUAUAUAUUUAUUUUUCAUUGUUCAUACUUCGUUAACUGUUAUCAGUGUUAUUCUGUAUAUUUUAUCAUAAUCCGAUUGGCGUUUAUAAUAUUACAUAAGUUAU